AUGAGCGUCCGAACCGUCGAAUUGAAGCCUUUCCAGGACCAGAAGCCAGGAACUUCUGGUCUCCGCAAGAAGGUCAAGGUUUUCCAGCAGGAGCACUACUCAGAGUCUUUCGUUGCCAGCAUCCUCCAGUCCAUUCCCGAGGGCGUCGAUGGCGCGUUCCUCGUCGUUGGUGGUGAUGGCCGUUACUGGAACCCUGAGGUCACCCAGACAAUCGCCAAGAUGAGCGCUGCGUAUGGCGUCAAGAAGCUCCUCAUCGGCCAGAACGGUAUCAUGAGCACACCCGCCGCCAGUCACAUCAUCCGGAUACGAAAGGCUACUGGUGGUAUCCUCCUCACUGCCAGUCACAACCCUGGUGGCCCCGACGAGGACUUUGGUAUGAAGUACAACCUGGCCAACGGUGCCCCAGCUCCCGAGAGCGUCACCAACAAGAUCUACGAAACCUCCAAGACCCUCACCUCGUACAAGAUCGCCGACAUCCCUGACAUCGACCUCAGCACCAUCGGUACACAAAAGUAUGGAAACCUUGAGGUUGAGAUUGUUCACUCGACAGAAGACUACCUCAAGAUGCUCAAGGACAUCUUCGACUUUGACCUCAUCAAGUCGUUCCUCAAGCAACACUCCGACUUCAAGGUGCUCUUCGAUGGCCUGAGCGGCGUCACUGGCUCGUACGGUGUUGACAUCUUCGAGAAGGAGCUUGGCAUCCCCAACAGCACACAGAACUGCGUCCCCAAGCCGGACUUUGGCGGCCACCACCCCGAUCCCAACCUUGUCUAUGCCAAGUCGCUGGUCGAUGCCGUUGACAAGAACGGAAUCCACUUUGGUGCUGCUAGCGACGGUGACGGUGACCGAAACAUGAUCUACGGCGCAAACUCUUUUGUCUCGCCCGGUGACAGCUUAGCCAUCAUCGCACACCAUGCCGAGCUUAUCCCCUACUUCAAGAAGCAGGGCAUCUACGGUCUUGCCCGCAGUAUGCCUACUUCUGGCGCGAUUGACCUGGUCGCAAAGAAGAAGGGCGUCGAGUGCUACGAGGUGCCCACUGGUUGGAAGUUUUUCUGCGGUCUUUUCGACUCGGACAAGAUGAACAUCUGCGGUGAGGAGAGCUUCGGAACUGGCAGCAACCACAUCCGUGAGAAGGACGGUCUAUGGGCUGUUGUCGCCUGGUUGAACAUCUUGGCUGGUGUGGGACAACAGACAGGUACUACCCCCAGCAUCGCCUCAAUCCAAAAGGACUUCUGGAAGACCUACGGACGCACAUUCUUCACCCGCUACGACUACGAGGGCUGCGAGACCGAGGGUGCCAACAAGGUCACCAGCCACAUGAAGGAGCUCAUCACCACCAAGAAGGACGAGUUCAUCGGAUCCACCGUCGCUGGCCGCAAGGUUGUCGAGGCAGACGACUUUUCCUACACUGAUCUUGAUGGCAGCGUCAGCAAGAACCAGGGCAUCUUUGUCAAGUUUGACGAUGGAAGCCGCAUCGUUGUUCGUCUGUCUGGCACAGGCAGCAGCGGCGCUACUAUCCGUCUCUACAUCGAGAAGCACACUAGCGACGAGUCAACAUACGACAUGGACGCUCAGGAUUACCUCAAGGACAACGUCAAGCUUGCGACAGACCUCCUGAAGCUCCAGGAGUACGUUGGCCGCACCGAGCCUGAUGUCAAGACCUAA